GCGGCAAAAUGGAGCUUGACGGUCAUGAGGAGGCCUCUUUCCGUGCCCUGUUUGUGAGGCAAGAGGGCUCAGAGAGGGCGGUGACGAUGCCUUAGCCAUGAUAGAGGACCAAAGAGGACGCCGGGACGAGAUAUCGAGCUCCUUCUCUACUUUGGAGUCCGUCUCAUACCCUCUCGACUGCAUCGCAACAGUUGAAUACUUCUUCUUCACCAUCUUUACUUGGACCCUCCAUCUCUUCUCAACACGCUACCCACCUAGCUUGCUACCACAAUGUCUAAUUCUUGGUACUGCUGCCAGUGCGGCGAUGGCGCAAACACGUCUAUGAUGUCUUCAUGCCCCAUUUAUGGAUGCGGUCAUAGGAGGUGCAGUUGCUGCAAGUACUCUUACAACAACAACAAUAAUCACAACAACUACGCACAAUCCUCCAACCAACAACACGCCGCACCUCUUCCAAAGGGAUCCUCCUUUUCGAACGCAAGCAGUUCAUACUACACGCAGCGCCCUGAGCGUCCUGAACGUCCCAAGAUUUUGCGAUGGAUUUGCUGUAGGUGUGGCGGAGACAACAGCUACAAGACUGAUCAGGGAUGUGCUACUUGCUGCAACCACUGGCGCGAUGACAAUUGCACGCUGUAUGAUGCCAAUGCUCGAUAAGUUGAGCUGAGGGGAUCUUUGGGAAAGCCUUCAUGAGGAGUGGUUUUGUUUUCAGCGAUGCUAGUGAUGGAAUGGAUGCAUGGGAUGUGUUUUGAACGGGCAAGGAUCGGCGUUGAGAAGUUGUUUUCUGGGUAGUAGUCUUUUUCUUUCUUUGGAUUUCUUUUUGGGUUGGUUGGAAAGACGUCUUGUUGUAAGAUAGUGUACGCACUAUUUUCUUAUUUUACUCUUUUAUUCAAUGAUUGUUCAUUGUUGCUAGGUCAUUGCUUUCAUGUGUUUCUUCCCAGUACUUUGUUGUGAUCAUGG